ACCGUCAAAGAAAGCAAAAACAUGAAAACUACAAGAAGCCCUCCCUCACCAGUGAUACCAACAAAAAACAGAUUUGAAGUGUUACAAACACAGGAAACCACCAUACCACAACAACAGAAUCACACUCAAGCAACGUCAACAAAAGAAUCAACAAUACAAAAUGCGAUCGUGGAAGCCAUAAGAAAGAAGAACAAUGAAAUGCGAAUCAAAGCAAACAGGAGGACUACGCCCACAUUGGGAACACCACACACCCAAGAAAAAUCAAACGACACACGAACAAACAGCCCCCUCGCCCCACCUAGGAGGCCGCCGACACCACAAAAUCAACACACUCAUCUGAUCAAACCAAAAGAGCAACCCCCACCGACAAAGACACCGAUGGAACAAGCACAACAGGAACAGCCCACCAACCACCCCACAGAGGAACAACAGGACGCCCCCUCACCCACAAAAGCCAACUCUCAUACCACGUUGAGAGCACUCGUUCUCGUCGAGUCGACUGCGAACCUCCGAGCCAAACGGACCUCUCAGCCCUAAAAAAAAAAAAAGGGACAGCUGACCCAGACCCGAACAGUGCGCGCGCCAAC